UCAUAAUUUCAACAAAUCUAGGAUAAGGGUGGCAAGGGCAUGAUCAUAAGUUGUCAAUGGCAAGAUUGGUUGUUUAUGCAUCGAAAUUGGGAAGCCAAUAUGAAUAGUUGAUAGUUACAAUUUCUUUUUUGGGCACCAAAAAAUUGUCAUAUAAAUUUGACAACUUGCAUUGUUGAGAAGUAGAGUAAAACAAGAAUGAUAAAAGAGCUAGGCCAAUUGUAAUUGUCAAUUGGAAAAACCCAUGUAUCUACUCUACUCCAAGGUUUCAUUGCAUUGCUUGCUUGUCUUACUUGUUUCUUCAAUCCCGUGCUAAAUGUGACACACACCACACUCCACAUUUCCAUGCCCAAGUUUACAUGUGAAUUAAAAUAAGGCCCCCCCCCCUCUCUCUCUCUCUCUCUCUCUCUCUCUCUCUCUCUCUCUCUCCACCAUUUGGUCAGUUUCUUCACCUCUGACAUGGGAGAAGCUCAAGAACUGCAACUCAACAUCAUAGUCCUGGAUUCACAUGAAGCAAAUCACCAAGGGUGCACAGAUGUUCCUGAACAACCAAUGCUUCCCCGGUGUAGAAAUUUGAACUGGUGGGUUAGAAUUGCCAUUUAUAUGCUGUUCGUCAUUGCCGGCCAGUCAGCUGCUACACUUCUAGGAAGAUUAUACUAUAACAAAGGUGGCAAAAGCAAAUGGCUGGGAACACUUGUACAACUUGCUGGCUUCCCCAUCCUCCUUCCCUACUAUUGCAUCCCAGCAAGCAGAAGAAUCCCGACCACAAACAUCACUACUAAUAAUAUCCCAUUGAAAUCACCCUCUACCUUAAUCCUUGCAUCAAUUUAUGUCUCUCUUGGCCUUUUGGUAGCAUUAGGCUGCUUCUUGUACUCUGUUGGCCUAUCUCUCCUUCCUGUAUCUACUUAUUCUCUUAUUUGUGCAUCUCAACUAGCCUUCAAUGCAAUUUUCUCCUUCUUCCUCAACUCACAAAAGUUCACUCCCUACAUUGUCAAUUCUCUAGUUCUCCUCACCAUCUCCUCCACCCUCCUUGUGUUCCAAGGCGGCGACUCUGCAGACGAUCCAACUGGAGGCUCGAAAACAAAGUAUGUGAUCGGGUUUCUAUGCACGGUUGGGGCAUCAGCUGGAUAUGGAUUAGUGCUUUCUCUAACACAGCUUGUCUUCAGAAAAGUUAUAAGAAAGGAGACAUCUGCAGUGAUCUUGGAUAUGAUAGUGUAUCAAUCUCUAGUUGCAACCAGUGCUGUCUUGGUGGGACUUUUCGCCAGUGGAGAGUGGAGGGGUUUAAGGAAAGAGAUGGAGGGGUUUGAAUUAGGGAAGGUAUCUUAUGUCAUGAACUUGACAUGGUCAGCUAUAAUAUGGCAGCUCUACGCUAUUGGUGCAGUAGGGUUGAUUUUUGAGGCCUCUUCUCUCUUCUCCAAUGCCAUAAGUGUUGUGGGUUUGCCUGUUGUUCCAGUUCUAGCUGUGAUCUUCUUCCAUGACAAAAUGGAUGGGAUUAAGGCAAUGGCCAUGAUUUUGGGCAUUUGGGGCUUCAUUUCAUAUGUUUAUCAGCACUACCUUGAUGACCGCAAGUCCAAGACAGAGAGCAACAAUGCCACUGGUGAAGUUUCUAAAGCUUUCCCACUGGAGAACAUCAACGGUUAGAUAGACAGGCUUGUGUAUGUCAAGUAUAACAUUCAAGAAUCCAAGACCUAAAGAAAACAAAUUUCAAAAGCUAAACAGAUGCCCAACUAUAGCAUUAGACAUGUGAUUUAUGUGGCAUUUUUAUACGUGUCAUCCUUGUGCAGGGAACAUGCUAAUCUUCUCAAUAUCGUUCCAAUUUUAUCGGAUAUCCCUGA